GUUUCCGUAAUUUUGGUAUUUAAAGACUUCUACGCGAGAAACCUUGAACAUGCUUCGAAGAAACCAGGAACUGUCCUAAUUAUCGAAUUCUUCAAGGAUGGAAGUAAACUCGAAGUGAAAGUGCACUCGGACCGUUUCCCUUGCCUGCUUGAGCUUCACCGCUUGAUAUGUCGAUUUAGUCGGCUCUAGGUAGUUCUAUCGAACGGUAAUAAUGGAGAAUUCGAUCUUGCUCUCGAACGGGAAGUAUAUGCCUGCGUUGGGAUUUGGUACGUGGCAGGCAACCAAUGAAGCUGAAUUAGAAAAAGCUUUGAAUACUGCUUUAGAAGCUGGAUACAGACAUAUCGACACAGCUGCGGUAUACGAAAAUGAAAAAAUUAUUGGUAACGUUUUGAAAAAAUGGAUUGAUUCUGGAAAGGUUAAACGAUCCGAGCUUUUCAUUGUCACUAAGCUACCUCCACCUGGAAUUAGGCCAGAAUCUGUUGAAAAAUGGAUGAAAGAUUCACUGCGAAACCUUCAGAUGGAAUAUGUUGAUCUUUAUUUAGUUCAUUGUCCAUUCGCUUUCGCCGAUGUUGAAGGGAAGUUGCAUCCCUUCGACGAAAAUGGUGAAAUUAUCGUGGACGUUACUACCGAUCAUGUGAAAGUUUGGUCAGAAAUGGAGAAACAAGUGGACUGCGGUCGGGCUCGUGCCAUUGGCCUAUCGAAUUUUAAUCCACAUCAAAUUGAACGUGUUCUAAAGAAUGCUCGCAUUCCAGUUUCUAUGUUACAAAUCGAGUUACACGUGUACUUUCAACAAAAAGAGUUGGUGAAAUUCUGCAAGGAGAAAGGCAUUCCCAUAACAGCGUAUUCACCGCUCGGUUCACGGGGUUUCGUAAAGGUGAUAAACAAAGCGGAGGAAAUCCCAGACAUGUUGCAAAACGAUGUGGUGUUAGAAGUGGCGAAAAAGUACAAAAAAACUGCCGCACAGAUUUUAUUGCGGUAUAUUCUGCAAAAUGGAUUCGCCACCAUACCGAAAAGCACGAACCCGCAAAGGAUCAAGGAGAAUAUCCAAGUGUUCGACUGGAGUCUUGCGCCAGAGGAUGUAGAAAAACUGAAAGGAUUGGACCAAGGAGAGGGCGCCAGAGUUUACGAUUUCAGUUUCUUAAAAGGGAUUAACAAACAUCCUGAAUUUCCUUUCUAAAUACACCUGACCCUCGAUUUACGCGGACUUUUGUCACGCGAGCCUCUUUUUACGCGUUAAAUUGGAACACUGUUUACUAUCUCAAUUUAAUAACAGCGAGUAAAAUAUACUUUCGUUUUCGAAAAUGUCGUUAUUAUUAUUUCUUUUAUUAAGCUCUGUGAAAUAAAUCUGCAUUUCUAAAACUUCUACCAGCUCUUCUCUUCAAUAUUUUCUUUUUUCUUGUACCGACAGUCUCUACUCACGCGAUUUUCCUUCGCGUAAAACGAACCCACGUGGAACGGAUUUUCGCGUAAAUCGAGAAGCAGGUAUAUCCAAUUGUUAUUAAGUAGUUUAUAUUCUGUACGCGUACAUGGACGAUAAUUGGAUGAAAAUGUACCUGUAUACAGUCUAGUUUAACACGAGAACUAUCGAAUGGUAGAAUCCGAAAUUCCUUUCUCCCAAUGAUUAACCCUUUGUACUUGGAAGUUCGUCAUAAGAAAUAUUUAACAUUUUUUGACGAGACAAAGACGAUAUUCAUUGAAACUAACUCGAAAGGAAAGCAACGUCCAGCGCUGUCCAGCGAGGACCACAUAGUAACAAGGACAUAAAAAGAGAAGGAUCCUUCAUAUACAGACUAAUUGCCACCGUUCGUUACUGUUCGCCGUUGUUUGCCACUGCUUGCCACUGUUCGCCACUGUUCGCCGUCGUUUGCCGCUGCUCCUACUUUUCUCAACUAUCCCGUUGCGCUGCGAAUUGUACAAGAGCAAUAAUCGAUAGAGCCUUAUAAUGUUCAUAGCAUAAACACUAGAACUACCAAUCACUUAAACUAACUUUUACAAAUUCCUUUAUAAAAACCAUAAGCUUGCGUUCAUUAAAAUUUUAACUGAGUUACAUUUCAAUUUUGCUAUUACUGAACUAGUUUCGUUGAUAAUUUUUCGUAGAGGUAUCUGUACCUUUUUAGUAAUUGCAAAAGAAGAAAUCAGAAAUAAGUCAUUUUGAGCUAUCUGGUAGUUCUAGUGUUACAGCUUUACUUAUCGAUGAAUUUAUUGUUUUUCGCUUGUUGUUUAUUUGAAAUAUUAUAGUGUUGUUAGACAUUACGUUAUUCGUUCCAUGCAAAGUAUGACGAUUGUUGUUAUUAUUAUUAUUAUUAUUAUUAUUAUUAUUAUUAUUAGUAUUAUUAGUAUUAUUAUUAUUAGUAUUAUUAGUAUUAUUAUUUAGAAUUAUUAGUAUUAUUAUUUAGGAUUUUUGAAUAAAUUUUAUUGUACAUACUGUUAUCGUUUUAUGAUACCGAGAGCCGAAACGAUUAAAACACAUGGUUUUCUGAAAACUUCUCUUUUAUUGUAUCGUUUGCGAACAAAGUCUGAUACGCGUACAAUACAACUUAAAUAUUACAGUAUAUGAACUUGAACUUUCUUUACAAAGUCAUGAUUGGUACGGACAAUCAUACAUAUUUACCGUUGAUACUCCCUGACGUUUUCGGGUUGCAGCUAUUAAAUACUUUUCACAAAUGUUCCUCGACGUUUCAACGCUAUUCAAGUUCAUCGAAUAGACACGACGUGCACGUCACAAACGAAGACAGCGCGUAAGUUCUGAUUGUAAUGUCGAGACGAUGGAAUACUGUUUUCGAA